UAACGCCCCUGUCAGCUAAUUUAGGGUCUUUUUGGUUGUAUUAAGACACCUUUUUGAUGGCAAUCGUAGGGUUCCAUAAUUGGGGUAGAUUUCUAUUAGGUUUUUCUUUGGUUCAUUGGCUGAUUGCUGUAUUCUUCCUUAAUUGGUUAGGCUUUUUUCUUCGGCUGUAGAAAGGUGUUUUUUUUUUACUACAUCAUGUCAUGUCCUAAGGAUUUAUUUUUGUUUUGGCUGAUUAUCUGAUUAUUGCAUUUUUGAAUUGCUUAGGUCUAUAUGGCUGCAGAAAGUCACUUUUCUAUAAGAAUCUGUCAAUUUUAGGGUUUACUGAUAGUUUUACUCAUAUAAUCUGUAAGGUGAGAAAAUUUAGUCAUCUGGAUGAGAAUAUUUUGGGUAAUGGGAAGAUGUUAUGAUGACAUUUACUAAUUCUGUAGCUAAAGUGGGUAAAUGUUCCUCGUAACUGCGGAAAUGUGAUCUAUAGGUCUAUUUAUGUACAGAAAUUGGACAUACAGUUAGGUUAUCCAGGUCUAACACUAGCUCUUCAAUGGCCAAGAAAACAUCCUUUUUCCUGAAUUCAUUUUUGAUUAAACAAAGUUUUUCAAUUUUAAAGGAUAUUGUUGAUAACUUUUAUACUUAUUCUGAUGUGAAUGCUCUUUCUUGUUUGUAACAUCUUUUUAUAGAAUCACAUUUUUAAGCUUAUGUAGGUUGGUCCACUAGAAAUUAAUAGUCAGAGGAAUUUAAAGGACAAUUGAUGCCUUAAAUCAACCUGGUCACAAGCAUGUCAAUGUGUCUGUGUAUACACAAUCCCAUUAAACUACACAUCAGGGUUCACUAUCUAAUUAUUGUACAUGUACUUAGAGUUCAUAUGUAAAUGUAUAACUGACAUCUGUGAGUGAUAUCUUAACAUUCGUGGUUUUCUAUGAAUGGACACGUUUUAUUCCUUGAGGUUUUACUCUGUCAAAAUUUGUGAACCAUAAUCUAAGAGAUUUUUGCGAUGGAACGCUACAGUAGGCAGAAGCCAUGGAACUUCUGGUCUCAUGCAUGUUUACAAGUUCAACUGUAAAAGUCAGGAUGCUUGAAGCUAUGUUUGCGACAUCUAGGCGGGAGAAGAUUAAUGAAGAAGCCCAGAAGGUUGCUCAGGAGGCAGUGCGAAAUAAUUGUACCGGAGUAUCAGAACCUAGCACUGAUCAAGGUGUUAACUCUGCUAGCAUCUCUGCUGCUGCUGGGAUAUCAGAGCUUGAACAAAUGUUGAAACAAAAAACCUUCACCAGGUCGGAAAUUCAGCGGUUGACGGCAUUGUUGCACUCGAAAACGAUCGAGUCUCCUGAUGAUGUUGUUGAAAAGGAUGGAGCAAAGCUUCCUAGUUCCCCAUCUCCUCUUUUAAGGCUCGAAGCAUCAACAAGUGGCUCCCUAAAAAAACAUGGAAAUGAGAGGGAUAACUUCCAUGCUGAUAUUUCAACUCCUAUCGUCAGUUCAAGAGUUCUUGAAGAGGAGAUUGCUUCACCUGCUGAGCUUGCAAAGGCUUACAUGGGAUCCAGGCCUAUGAAGGUAGCACCAUCGGCACUGGGGUUAAGCAGCCAGGCACCGAGACAAGAUGUGAAGUUGCUUAAUAAUGCAUCUGGCCUUGCAAAGACUCCAAUUACAUCUGUGGCUCCAAAGACUGCAAACAGUUUCAGGGGUCUUGAAAAUGGCUUCUUGACGCCAAGAUCUCGAGGCAGAUCGGCCAUGUACAGCAUGGCUCGCACACCAUAUUCCAGGGGGCCUUCAACUUUUAGCCAAAAGGAAAUCAAUUCUGAAUAUGGUCAUGGUGCAGCAUUAACAUCUUCUCAGUCUGCAUGGGGGCAUGAAGGGAAAAUGGCUCUAAAGCGUCGGAGUUCUGUACUAGAUGAUGAUAUUAGAUCUGGUGGUCCACUGCGUAGAACUCGGCAGAAAGCUAAUCUUUUAACACAAGGAAGUUCUCUGUCAAGAGAUAAAAGAGAACUCGGGUAUACUGCUUUGCAACAACCAGAUACUUCAAGUCAGAAACUGCUUUUAAUGAACAAACCUGAACCAAAAGUCUCCAAGGACUUUGAAGAAAAUGGGGACACCAGCAUGCGUGUUUCAGGCUAUGCUUCUGUUCCUACAAAAUCUACUCAAAUGGCAACAAAAAUAUUGCAACAGCUUGAAAGACUGAGCCCAAAGGAAAAGAAGUUUGAAUCAACUCUUGCUGGAAUGAGAGAUAAAUCACCCAGUAAACUGACGUUAAAUAUGCUCCAUGGUCAGGCUCUCAGAAGCCUGGAGAAAGUGGAUUCGCCGAAAUUUCUUCCUAGCCCUCAUGAUAGUCAGAAAUCAGAGAGUCAACACCAUGCUAGAUCACAUGAUAUUCAUGAGCCGGCCUCUCAAAGCAAAGACAAAGUUGAAGAAAAUAGCUCAAGGAAGUUCCCUAUUCCUCGUAACAUGUUGACACCAGUCAAUGGUGAUUCGACAGUUCUUUUAAAAGAUAAAGCACCAGUGGUUAUAACCACUGCUUCAACCUCAAAGCUUCCAGCCGAACCUCCUCAGAAGAAGCGUGCUUUUCAGAUGAGUGCACAUGAGGAUUCAUUGGACCUUGAUGAUGACGUCCAUGUUAAUGGGAAUGUGUCCUUCCCAUCGGCUGAAGAUAACAAACCGGAGGCAUCUUUGGUAGCAAACAAACCUGUUUUUGCUGAAGUCAUUCAAACUCCAACGCUGCAGGAAAUCGCCAAAACUUCUGCACUGGCUGAAGUAACUCCCGUGUUACCUGAGGUUGCUAAAUUUCCAGAACAGGCCGAGUUGAAAGAAGUUGAAAAUGUCGCAUCUUCUCCAAAAACUGAUGUUGGAUUUCUUGGUGGUUCUGUUGGUGAGCAAGGAAUAGGAUUUAAGUUCCCUACCUCACCUCCAUCAACUACUGCCACACAAACCAUUGUACUUCCUCAAUCAACCUUGCAAAUGGAGAAGGUUGAUUCUGAGAAGGAUUCAAAUAAUUUCUCAUUAUUUGGCGCAACAGCUGAAAAGGUGUCACCAUUCCAGUUCUCUGGCAACGAGCCUUCAGAAAUCAAAUCAAUUGCUAGUUCAGAUCCAAAAGCACUUGACUCAACCAGCGUGUUUAAUUCAGUCUCAAAGAAUGAUCAUGUAAAAUUUCUGGCAUUCAACAAGGAUGAAAAUGGCGAUAAUCAGAAGGCAGCAAAUAUGUUUGGAAAAUCCGAGUCUUUGUCCUCUCCUGCUUUUGCAGCUACAUCAACAAGUGGCUUUUUCUCGUUCGGCAGCUCCAGCAAGAACUCUAGUACUCCUGAUGCAACACCCGCUUCAACCUCUCCUAUGUUUUCUUCAUUCACCCCGCUUCCAGCUUCUGGUGCCAAUUUGAAUUCGCUUUUCAAUAAUAGCUCUUCCAAUGUUACUUCUGCCAGUACUGCCACCGUCAUAUCCACCACCGCCACCACCAUCACCACCACCGCUGCCUCCAGCACUGUUUUCUCUACGUCUGUGCCAGCACCAGCUUUCUCUACAUCUUUGCCAGCACCAGCUUUUUCUACUUCUUUGCCGGCACCAGUUUUCAGUUUUGGGUCUGCCAUUGCUCCAAAUUCGGCUUCAGCAGCCCCAACUUCAGUGACAGAAACUGGGAAUACAAAUGAGAAGGAACCGAAAUCCAACAUGAGCAGCUCACCUUUUGCUAGUACAUCCUUUGCCACAACCACUACUGGAAGUAGCCUCUUUGGCUUCAGUUCUCCGGCUGCCACUUCAACCACCAAUAAUCAGUCGCAGGCGUCUUUCUUUAAUGUCUCGAGUGGAUCUCAGGCAAACACGCAGACAUCUACUGCUGUUACACAGGCCGUGCCCUUCCUGUUUGGCUCUUCCACCCCUUCCAUAGCAUCUGGUUCUACUGGCAUUCCAUCCUCUACUACUUCAGGAAGUUCCUUUUUCGGUUCCUCAGCUCCUGCUUUCAAUUCGACGCCUAGUUUUGGUAUUAGUUUUGUUGCUGCCUCUUCAGGGACUAAAUCCGGUAGUUCCACGAGUGGGUCUACUACUAGCAUAUUUGGUUCUGCAGCUUCCACAGCUGCUUGGCAGCCCGCCAAAUCAUCUGGAUUUGGGUCUACAUUUAGUUCUCAAUCUUCAGUGUUCCCGUUUGGGACAUCUUCCACACCCAUGCCUUCUGCUAGCACUUCGCCGACCGUGUUUGGUUCAUCGAAUACAGGUGCUUCAACAGGGUCUUCGAUGUUUUCAUUCACUACAACUGGUGCCACCAACUCCUCUUUUAAUGCCCCCUCACAAGGUCAAUCUGUUUUCGGGAACUCGACUCCUGUUUUUGGAGCCACCACCACCUCACCAAACAAUAACGAUCAGAUGAGUAUGGAAGACAGUAUGGCCGAGGAUUCUAUGCAAACUCCUAGUCCUGUAUCUCAAUUUGGUCAAGCCCCUGCAGCUGCACCCGGUUUCAUGUUUGGUUCUGCCACCCCAACCCCGAACCCAGCAGCAGGACUUCCUUUCCAAUUUGGUGGCCAGCCAAACCAAGCACCGACUCAGAAUCCUUUCCAGUCAUCUAGUGUAGAGUUUAAUGCUGGAGGAGGAAGUUUCUCGUUAGGCUCUGGAGGUGAUAAAUCUGGGAGAAGGAUAGUGAGAGUUAAAAACAAGAACAGGCGGAAGUGAGAACGAGAGAGUUCAAUAAAAACAUGUGAAAUGUGUCGUAUGUUUGGAAGUGUCGAUUUUUCCUGGCCAGGUAUGAAUGUCUCAGAUGUUCUUUUUUUCCGGUUUACUUUUGUCGUUAGUGUUGAGUAUUUGUAGUUAGAAUGUUAUUAGAUCACAGUUUUGGAGUUGUGUGAAGUGUUUUAGAGGCAUAUGUUUGGUGUAGUAGAAAUAGAUGAUGUCUGUGUACUCUUUAUGUAGAAAACAAACACCAUAAGCAAAGGGUAUGAAUUCCUCAUUGUUGUCGCCUUUUUGUUUCA